CACCCAACCCUGCUCCUGCUCCGGGCAGCGGGGCCCGAUGGAGCGGCCGGGCGGCGGCCGUGUGGUGCUGUGCCUGCUGUGCGGGCUGCCGGCCGCCGGCAAGUCCACGCUGAGCCGGGCCCUGCUCCGCCUCCUGCCGCCCCGCCAGGGCUGGGACUGCGCCGUGCUGGCCUACGACGAGCUGAUCCCGCCGGAGGCCCCCGGCCCGCCGGAGCCCGGCUGGAAGCGGCGGCGGCGGGAGGUGCUGAGGCAGCUGGAGCGCCUCCUGGGGGGGCCGCCGGCCUGCGCCGAGCGGGGGCCGCUGGAGCCGGGGGCCGCCCUCAGGCCGCUCUGCAUCGUCCUGGAUGACAACUUCUACUACCGGAGCAUGCGAUACGAGGUGUACCAGCUGGCUCGCAAGUAUUCCCAGAGCUUCUGCCAGUUAUUUCUGGAGUGCCCGCUGGAGCUGUGCUUGCAGAGGAAUCGCCUGAGGAGUCACCCGGUCCCCGACGAGACGAUACGGCUGAUGGCAACAAGAAUAGAACUGCCAGACCCCAACAAAUACAGCUGGGAGCAGAACAGCCUGGUUCUGAAAAGUUCUGAAUGCCCCUCAGAGGACGAGUAUGAUGCGGUAUUGAUGAAGGGCUUUUAUGCAGAGAUAAUUAAUUUGCUGGCCACUGCUUUGGAAAAUCCAGUGAAGCAAAAUGAAGAAAAUACUGAGCAGAAGGAAGCAGAUCGAGUGGCCUGUGCUGCUAGUACUGUCCAUCAAGCUGAUCAGACAUGCCGACGAGUCAUCUCUCAAACAAUGAAGGAGGCAAAAGAUAAAAACGUGCUUCCAAGUGAGAUGAAGAGCUUGGCAGAAGAACUCAACAAACUCAAAGCAGCGUUUUUGGAAGAUUUGCGGCAAGAAACUCAUCUGAAAAAUCAAACUGGCCAACAAAAUCACUCUUUUGACCCUGCAACAAGUGUAUUUUCUUCAUUCCAACGUGAGGCAACCAGUGUAGUUAAUAAAUAUAUUUUAAAAUAAUGACAGUAUCUUUUAAAAUAAUGACAUAGUGAUGGAUUGCUUUUAAGAAUAAAAAGAUUAAAAACAUAAUACUGUUUUAGCAGUACUGCUAAAAAUAUCUGAGAGCUCAAGCCUCCAGAGAAGGAAGCUGUCUGUAACUCCUGCCCCCAUGUUAUAGAACAGAAACAAGCUAGCACACUGUGUUCAACUUCAGAGGGCAAGCCAACAACAAGCCAUCCAUAGGGUUUAAAUUUCACAGAGUCAAGAAGUUUAGCUUGGGAGGAACACCUAGAAGUCAUCAGCUUCCCUCAAAGUAGGACCAACAAUCAGCUUUCUCAGAACAUCAUCCAGCUGUGCUUUUGAAGAGCAGCUUGGAUGGAGACCUGGCUCCAUGAACAAAUGAGAAAGAUGAACAGUGGAAAAGCCUAACAAGUGCCCUGGUUCAGUUCUGAAAUCAAGUAUCUUCAAUUAAGCAGACAAACAUAAAUGUACUGUCCCUUGCUUACUCAAAAGCUUACUGCCAUACCUUAGAUGACCUAAGUCGCACACGAGCAGUUCACCAGUUCCAGCUGUUGAGAAGAAUUACUAUAGCAUAAUCACUAACUUAAUUAGAAAUUGUUAUUUUAUUCUUAUCUUACAAAAGCAAAGCUCCACAACAUGAACUGCACUAGAUAUAGUCAAGUUAUUUCAGAAUUAACCUUGUCUUCUGAAAACAUUCACUACACAAUAAAAUUGUAAAAUACAACUCUAACAGGUUUCGGUUUUGCAUACAAAAUAUGCUCUUUACAUUGAAAUACAUAUUAUUAACAAAGCAGGUACUCAGAAGCACAUACAUAAAGAUUGCUCAAUGAAAAAUGCUUCAGCAGGGGAUCGAUUUCCCUGCAGCAGAACAUCCAUUUGCUGUAGAUUUUCAAAGAAGCUUAAAAUUAAUAGAAAACUUGCCAGUGAAGACUUCUAAAUUACAUUCCCUUCGUCAAAAAGAAAUAAAAAGCAAACAAGCAAAACCCCAAAACAUUCUGUAACAGAACAAAUAGCAACAGAUCAUUUUGCUAGGAAACAAUGUUGGAACCCGUCUUUAGUUUUUAUAUAAAAAUGCCAAUCAACAUUUUAUGUCAAAAUUAACUUUAUCUAAACAUUGUAUCUGUGAAAAAACAACUAUUAUUAUUCCCUAUUAGCUGCUUCACAGUUGAUAGAAGUAUUAACUGAGGUUUAAGAGUAUUAACUGAGAUAAUCUACCAAGAUACUCAAUCUAAUAUUUGCGUGUUCAUUGGAAUAUUCCUUCUCAAAAUACUAAAUCUGUGUUAAGAGUGCUAUAAAUAGUGCAUGUUAAAAAUGUCAACAAAUCUAUAAAACAAUCUAUUACAAUAAAAACAAAAAACUCACAAAGUUAAUGUUUUUCAACUACAAAAUUUAACAAACUAUGGAAAAAAAAUUAGCUCAUUCCCAAACUUCCCUGCUAAUACAAGUAAAGAUCUAAUCACCACCUGAUAAUACAAGGAUUAUUUAUUUAUUUUGUUUAAGUUAAUGCAGUGUAGCACAGAGAACUCAAUGUGGGAAGUCCUGCUGAGGACUUGAUCCCACGGAUCCUGACACUGACUCUGAAUGAAUAAGGCCUACCUGUGCAUGGGAACUGUCAGGAUCAUAAUACCCUAAAACAAAUUUCCAGUACUAAUUCUGCUCUUUAAAUUGUAGUAAAUAGUAUGUACAGCGUUAC